GUCCAACGAAGUUCAGCUAACUGUUACACCUGAAGCAUCCAGCUACUGAGCAACAUUUUUUCCCAUUUCUAGUCCUACUGUAGCCAUACUGGAUUUGUGGAUUACUGUACCUCCGAGGAAUACAACUAUUUAUUUUACUUCUUUCAUCCUUUUUGCCAUCUAUGAAGAAACGACUUGUGACAUUUUGGCUAUUGAUUCACUGGCAGAAUGAGGACGUCUAUGGCACUUCUUGCGUUCAUUUUGGCGAUCUUUGCCACGGUUCGUGCUGGAUGCCCCGCUGUGUGUGAGUGCCCGGCAGCUCGCCCCUCAUGCCCGCCUGGCGUGAGCAUGGUGCGCGACGCCUGUGGCUGCUGCAAGGUAUGCGCCGCCCAGCUCAACCAGGACUGCCACGCCAUGCAGCCCUGCGACCACCACAAGGGCCUGGAGUGCAACUAUGGCAACGACGUGGGCAGCACCCACGGCAUCUGCAGGGCUAAGCUGGAGGGCCGCUCGUGCGAGUACAGCGGCCGGAUGUACCAGAACGGGGAGAACUUCCGCGCCGGCUGCAAGCACCAGUGCACGUGCGUGGACGGGGCGGUGGGCUGCGUGCCCCUCUGCCCCACUCACCUGCCCCUGGCCUCGCCCUCGUGCCCGGCCCCGCGCCUCGUCAGGGUGCCCGGCCAGUGCUGCCCGAGCCUGGACUGCCACAAGGGCUCGUCGGUGCUGCCCCCCGUGGUCAGGAAGCCCGACCCUCCGCCUUUCUUCUUCCCGGGCCUCCUGCCCUACCCCAAGCAGUACCCAGAGCCCUCUUACCCCAAGCCGUACCCAGAGCCCUCUUACCCCAAGCAGUACUUCAAGCGCUUCCCGCACAAGGCCAAGGACACCCUGAGCAACGAGCUGAUGGAGGAGGGGAAGAGGUGGGACAAGCCGCACAGUCACAAGCACCUGGCCGCAUGGAGGCAGGAGGGGAAGCAGUGUGUGGUCCAGACGACCAACUGGUCCCAGUGCUCGCGCAGCUGUGGCAUGGGCGUCUCCUCGCGGGUCACCAACAACAAUGCCCAGUGCAAGCUGGUCAAGGAGACCCGCCUGUGCAACAUCCGACCCUGCAGCUCCAUGUCUCUCCCCAUUAAGAAGGGGCGGAAGUGCUCGCGUACCCAGAAGGCCCCAGAGCCCCUGCGUCUGCACUACGCCGGCUGUCGGAGCGUCCGCCUCUACCGGCCCAACUACUGCGGUGUGUGCCUGGACGGACGCUGCUGCUCGCCGCGUCGCACGCGCACCGCCGCCGUGCGCUUCUCCUGCACGGACGGCGAGCGCUUCGAGCGGUCCGUCAUGUUUGUGCAGUCCUGCAAGUGCAGCGACGAGUGCAGCCACCUCAACGAGGCCGCCCUGCCGCCCCAGCGCUGGCUCUACGGCGACACACACAAGUUCAUCGACUAGUUCUGCACCUUCGCUUUUUAUUUUAACCUCCCUCUAUCUCUGUCUCUCUCUAUCGCCCCUUCCUUACCCAGCCAACCUCCCCACACCCUGAUAGAGUAGCGGUUCCAAGUGUACUUCCCAAGUAGAUGCUAGCCCGAGGCUCAGAUGGCCUCAACUCCUAAGGGUGUCUGAUCCACAGGAGGAAAGGGAGAGUUACGUUUUUUUCCGAGUUUCAAGUCCGAUCCUCCCUUUUGCUCAGAUCUAGUGGAUUAGUGCUGGCCUUAGAUUAGACGCCCGUGUCCAACACGGUUUGAUAGGGAUCGCCACAAGAGCCCCGCGUGUAUAUAGCUAGCCGUGGAUUCUGCGAGCCGCCAUUUUUAUCUCCCUACUAAAAAAAACAAAACAAGCAGUGGCAACGCGCUCUGUGACUGAAGUGACAUGGGACGGGGGAAACGAUAUGAUUUGGCAGCAAAAAGACGUGGUGAAAAAUCCAGAUUCUCAGAGGACUCGCAAAACAGCGGCCGCAUAAAGGCCCCAGUGGACUGGUGGAGUGAAAGACUGGGGUUCGCUUUUCAUGCUGAAUGUGAGCAGGCGCUAAACCCUUCAGUGGCAACGAGUAUUUUCAUCCAGACAGUGUGGGGAAGAGAAAAGAUGCACAGGCUGACUGUGUGAGACUUGUCUUCCAAAGGAGACGAGGGACUUUAAACAUGGACCGAGACAGCCAAGGGGAAACCAAGAUGGAUGAGGAGGCGUCUUCCCUUUUAUUUUCGAGGAAGUCUUCUUUUGCCUCUUAUUUAUGCUAGGCUAUUUAUUGUUUUGACAGAUGAAAUGACAAGCCUUUAAAAAAAAAAAAAAAGCAGAUGAUGAGCCUCUGGUUGGGAAACAGUUGACUGUGAAGGAGUGUAAGAACAUUCUUUGACCAGUAGCCCUCUAGUGUUUCCUCAAGAGCGGUAGGACAUGGGCCAGCCAACGAUGAAAGAGUAUCUCAUACUCGACAACGGGACUGAACCUUCUCCUCUUUUUUAGAGAUUUGUCUGAGGCAAAGUUCCAAAGCCUAAAGAUAUCUUCACCUUCAACCCCAUCCAUUUUGUAUCCCAACAAUGGUGCACUUGGUCUAGAGAGACUUAUGACAAGCGCCUAAAGACCAUCUCGUGGAGUCUUGGCACCAAAACGUCAACUUGGUAACUCCGACAAAUUACAAUGCUGAAAUUUUGGGGGUAGUGAGGAGCCCGGCAACCCUCUGGUUUGCUGUAAAAAUACAUUUUAAAACACCAGCAUCAGACAUAAACAUGUAAUUUGGGACUAGCGGGUGGGACUUUUCUGGAUUCGAUCUGGCCUCUAAUCUUGCAACUGAUGCAAAAAAUCAAGAGACCUAAACUCUUGUUUGAGUUGCUGCUUGCCUCUUGUGGUCUCCAUGUAUGCCAUUUGGCAGUGUUAGAUGAGAUGUUGAGUGUGACAUCAUUCUCAUUAAAGCCAUGGGAGCCAACUUAAGGCAACAAAAUGUGGGUUUGAGCCUGGAACUCGGGAUAUCUCCAGCGACCUCAAAAACACCCCCACUCCCCCAAAUGACUAGCUUUGAUUUUAGCCAUUAGCAGGCAUUUGCAGUGCGCACUGGUAUUAAUCUGUUAGCUGUAUGGUGCAAUAAUAAGAAGAGCAUCAACUUAAUUUACACGCGACAAGUUUAGCAUUCAUGCAGCCUGGCCCUUUUGAAGACUUGGGCCAAGCUUUGGGACAGAGAGGAGACGUACAGAUGUUCAUGCACCUUACCGGACUUGUGUCUGACCACAGCUGGCUUGAUAUGCCACAGGAAUAAGAGUUGGCAGCAUUUUUUUCAUUGAAAUAUAUAUUUGUUACAAUGUGCAGUGUUGUUCAGAUAUCAAGAAGCAAACCAUUAUGUUAUGAGGACAGAAGUUGCAGCUAUAUUUAACCAAAUGUUUUCGGAGUUAUUUUGGCAGUUGUGCUUUUUUUCUGUUCAUGUGGGUCUAAUGAUUUCUAAAUAAAGAAAAAAAAAAGUGGCAUUGUGGAAUAUUUGGGAGCAAAGAAACACAUUUUAAUAGAAAUCCUAAACAGCCUAUAUAUUUUUAUUGUGAUAGUGUGUUUCUUUUCCUUUGUUGAAUUCCAAAAUCAUUUUUACAAAUUCCAUUGUGUUUUCUUUUUGAGGGUAGAAUUCUCCAACAAAUUAAAAUAUGACAAUUUAUUGAUGCAGUAGUGAAGGGUUUACAUUUAAUUUCAGUGAAAUCUAGAAAUAAAUGUCAUUGCAAAUAAUCUGCUUUAAAU